GACGACUAUAACUUCCUCGACCAGUCGACAAACCCGCGCCUCCGUCUUGACCGCGCAGCCCCGUCAAGAUGAAGCUCAACAUCUCCUACCCGGCCAAUGGGUCGCAGAAAAUGAUCGAGGUUGACGAUGAGCGCAAGCUCCGUCCCUUCAUGGAGAAGCGCAUGGGAACCGAAGUUCUCGGUGACUCCCUCGGCGAGGAAUUCAAGGGUUACCUGUUCAAGAUCACUGGUGGUAACGACAAGCAAGGUUUCCCCAUGAAGCAGGGUGUCCUCCUCCCUACCCGUACCAGACUGCUUCUCUCCGACGGCCACAGCUGCUACCGCCCCCGCAGGACAGGAGAGAGGAAGCGGAAGUCCAUCCGUGGUGCCAUCACCGGUCCCGAUCUGGCUGUCUUGGCCCUCAGCAUCGUCAAGCAGGGUGAGGGUGAGCUCCCAGGCCUCACUGACACCGUCGUUCCCAAGAGACUCGGCCCCAAGCGUGCUACCAAGAUCCGUAGCUUCUUCGGCCUUGACAAGAAGGACGAUGUCCGCAAGUUCGUCAUCCGCCGCACUGUGACUCGCGAGGGCAAGCCCGAUUACACAAAGGCCCCCAAGAUCCAACGUCUGGUCACCCCCCAGCGCCUCCAGCGCAAGCGUCAUAGGAUUGCCGUCAAGCGCCGCCGCGCUGAGGCUGCCCGCGAGGCUGCUAACGACUACGCCAAGCUUCUGGCCGCCCGUGUUCACGAGGAGAAGGCUAAGCGUGACGAGCUCCGCAAGCGGAGGGCGUCUUCUAUGAGGAAGUAGAUGAUAUUCUGCGGGGAAGGGGAAUUAAUGGAUAGGUUAACGUCUUGAUUACGGCUAGAGAAUUCCUCAGCGGAAGGGGGCUGGGGCUUCUUUUUUUAGCUUGUUUUUAAAUGUCCAACGCAGACGGAGCCCGGGAGCAACGGAACUCUUUGGGAACUAUCUAUGGAAACUGAACAAUGGAGUGCAAAAUUUUUAAAUUGGGUUGAUGGGCCAAUUUUCCUUGUCUUAUUCUUUCUACCAGCAGCAAUGAAUGAUUCCGCAAAGAGCUUGGGUUCUACAUGACUGUAAACCCUAUACAUUGAUUGCAAUGACAGAUCCAUUUUCAGUUUCAAUAGGAAUUCGGCAACUUGUUGAACUCAUGUUAUCUAUGCCCCUUGAAACACGUGAAGCAGGUGGACAUAUUCUUUCUUGUGUAUGUAUAAAGUGCAUCGACCAGAACACCAAGUAUCCCACUAAGGGAAACUAUCAAGCAUAGAAAUACAGGCAUA